UCGAAAUGUAAUGGGGAAUAUUUGUUGGUUGAACUAGUUGGCGAAGAACAAGUAAAUGAAAAGCCUAAUAAAAGGGGAAGAUCGAAAAAGACAUUAGAAAUGAAGCCAAAUGAACCAUCGAUAAAUCAAAAGUAUAAUGAUAAGAGUACUGUUAUGUACAUACCAUUAACAGAAUUGACAGAAGAUCCGAUGUGCUGA